GCUGGGAGACGUUCAGGGACUGGAGGUCCAAAGUGUCCCUGCAGCCUGCAGCUCGGCGGCCGACAUGCGGCUGCAGAAACACCUGUGACCCGAGCGGAUUAUCCUUCCCUUUUCCUGUUAUCUUUCUGUUCCACUUUACCACAGCCUGGCUGCUUGUCUGCCCCCUCGCUCUAAGUCGCUCGUCUCUAAAUUACCACAGUCAGGUGUGACCCGCUGAGCACGAGCCGCGAUGAACUCUAAGGGCGACUCCAAAUGCCCGGCGGUGCUGGGGGAGAGGAGGCGCAGUCCGCUGGAUCAGCUCCCGCCGCCGGCCAACUCCAACAAGCCGCUGACGCCUUUCAGCAUCGAGGACAUCCUCAACAAGCCGUCUGGGAGAAAGUGCUGCUCCCUGAGCGUAGUGGCGCACACCAUCUCUCCCGGAGAGAAGCUGCCCCCGGCGGGUCACAGCCUGCCCGGCCGGCCGCUGCUCAGUCAAACGUCCCCGCUCUGUGCGCUGGAGGAGCUGGCCAGCAAAACCUUCAAGGGCCUGGAGGUCAGCGUCCUGCAGGCUGCCGAGGGCCGAGACGGCCUGGCGCUCUUCGGCCAGAGGAACACCCCAAAGAAGCGGCGGAAGUCCCGCACGGCGUUUACCAACCACCAGAUCUACGAGCUGGAGAAGCGCUUCCUGUACCAGAAAUACCUGAGCCCGGCGGACCGGGACCAGAUCGCCCAACACCUCGGUCUGACCAACGCGCAGGUCAUCACCUGGUUUCAGAACCGGCGGGCCAAGCUAAAGAGGGACCUGGAGGAGAUGAAAGCGGACGUGGAGUCCGCCCAGGUCGCAGGCGCUGUGGCCCUCGAGAAGCUCUCCAAACUGGCCGAGCUGGAGAAGUGCGCGGCUGGCGGUAUAGGCGCGGGGGCUGUUUCCGCACCAGGCCGCACCGAGGCCGAGCCAGUCUCCUCCAGGUCCCGCCGAGACACCGCCGACAGCCUCGGCUCCAGCAGAGCGCACAUGUCUCCUUCUACACCCGCACCGUCGCCGCACACAGAACGGCUGAGCAGCAAGUGUUGCUCAGGGGAUGAAGAUGAGGAGAUUGACGUGGAUGACUAG